AGGUAGGCAGACAUUUCAACUCGCAACACAUAACACUCAACUGAAAUUACCCAAACUUAUGGAACUAGAAUUUCAAGACUUACCAGGUAAGUCCCAAAUUUGGAAUAAUACAACCUUUGCUCAAUAUGAAGACAAUGCACCUAUUCCACGGUUUAACCCGUCUCCUACCAAUGUGACAUUUCGAAGAGGAGAAACUGCAAUCCUUCACUGUUCAAUAGAGAACUUGGGCACCAAAACAGUAAUGUGGAGAAAAGCAUCUGAUCCUCAUCCAUGGACAAUCGGUACCUACACAUAUGUAAAAGAUUCCAGUGUAACGGUAACUCAUAAUGAAGAAGCCAAUGAAUGGAACUUAUUAAUAAAAAAUUUAGAAAAACGACAUGGUGGUGUAUAUGUGUGUCAAGUGAGUACACGUGAUAGGAUCUCUCGACAGGUGCUACUAAGAAUUACUGAUAACCCAGUGAGGGAAAAAACUAAACCAAUAGGCAUCCAGGUUUCUGGUAAAUCAUACAUCGAGAAAGGAGAUCCCAUCAAACUUGUAUGCAAUACAACUGGCUCAGAAUAUCCUCCACUGGAUCUCGACUGGUUCAAAGAUGGCAACAAAAUUAAUGCCGAUUCUGCGAAAAAGAUCAAAAUCGAUAAACGCCACUUUCCUCACGCAAACACACUGAGCAGUGUUCUGAAUAUAACUCACAGUAAAAUGUCCGAUGCUGGUGAAUAUGUAUGUCGUAGUUCGAAUCUGGAGAUAACUAGCAUCAAAGUGCAUGUACUCAAUGGAAACGUUCACCCUGAGAGCCAUCCCAGCAAUGACGAGAAGAAACCCAAUGCUGGGUCCAGCAAUGUAAAACGCGAUGAACAUGAUGGGUCAAUAGGAGAAAAUUCAGUAGAGGUGGGGAACGCAGACACUCCAGGAACCUCAAUUCAGGGUACAGACGGUAACGGCUGUACUCUUCUCCAAAUACACUGGGUUGAGAUUCUAUGUACUACUUUGUUGUUCGGCAUAUUGGCGCACCAGUAAUGGUUACAUGCCUCCUGCCACAUACAUCAUAGAUUCACUUCCUCGACAAUUACCUCCCACCCCCACCACCAACCACCACCACCCAGCCUCGAACCCCUCCCCCACCACCACACAGAAGAUUCACCCCUUCCCCUACUUACCCAUGUACCUUCAACUACCCACCCUUCCACCUGCCCUACCAACUCCACUCUUCCUCUUCAUGGUGACAGGUAGAGUCACAUAUGAAAACUAUUAUGUUACAAACUACUUCUACCACCACCACCACAUACCACCACCACCACCACUACCACCACCACCACUAAUACAACAGCAACAACAAGAAGAACAACACCAUAAUGGUAUUGGAAAUUUCACCUCCUACAAAUAUUUUUAACGAACCAGUUGACUUGGCAGAAUUAACUUCAUUAAUUAUUUAGCAUUUUUAAAAAAAGAAAUUUUUUAUUAAUUUUCUUAUAUGUCUUUGUUUCGUUUUUGUUUCUUUGUUUUUUCUUGUAUUUUCUAAAAAAAAAAUAUUUCAUUAUCUUUUUUUCAUUAUGUUUAUUAUUACGAAAUACAAUAAAGACAAUAUACAAAUGCAUAAAAAACAAUAUAUAUAUAUAGAGACAUAUAUAUAUUUCCAGUUUCUCACAAAGUUCUUAUAAACCAUGAGCCUAUAAGAAUAGGGUGUACUUACAUCAGUCUAUAAAAAUACACACACACAUAUAUAUAUAAUUUUUACAGAAAUAUAGAUGAACUAGAGAAAGUAUACAUACCAAUUACAAACAAGUACGUAUGCACGGGUGUAUUUUCAUAUAUACACACACACACUCAUAUGUAUAUAUAUAUGCAUACACUCAUAUAUAUAUAUAUAUAUAUAUAUGAGUGCAUGUAAAUAUCUCUGUCUCCCCUUUGUGUCUCUCUAUCUUCACACACUCCCAUACAUGCAUAUA